UUUAUGGGGCAGCUCAGAGGUUAUGUAGCACAUAUUUCCCGCUGUGCUCUGUUGUAUGCACGAGGCCGGAGGCGUCCGCGGAUCACUCCGGGCCACGUUUUUACGUCACCUGCCACCAUGUUGGAUCCGGAAGUGGGCAGAGUCUGCAGGAAUCUCGAGCCCAGCUGAACGUUAGCCGUCGGCUUCGCUCGAUCGGUCCACCGCUUUCCGAUUUUCACCUCUAACCUUCAGGUUUCUUGCUGGUCGAAGUCGGGGCCUUUCUUCGGAUUUUAUCGUUUUUCGGCAUCAGCUAUGAGUACUCUCACGCAGAGAACAUCGGGCCUCGUCCAGCGGCGGACCGAGGCCAUUCGCAGCGCCGCCGCCGAAAAGGAGAAGGAGUCCGGCGGUGAGGAGGACGAAGUGCGCCGCGGGGAGGAGGAAGACGACGACAAAGGGGACUCAAAGGAGACCAGACUGACGCUAAUGGAGGAAGUGUUGCUCUUGGGCCUCAAGGACCGAGAGGGCUACACGUCUUUCUGGAACGACUGUAUUUCUUCCGGCCUUCGAGGUUGUAUGCUUGUAGAGCUGGCUCUCAGAGGGAGGUUACAGCUGGAGGCGUCCGGUGUGCGAAGGAAAAGCCUGCUGGCAAGAAAGGUGAUCUGCAAGUCAGAUGCUCCAACAGGAGACGUGAUGCUGGAUGAGGCCUUGAAACACAUUAAAGAAACUCAGCCUCCAGAGAAUGUCCAGAGCUGGAUAGAGCUACUGAGUGGCGAGACCUGGAAUCCGCUCAAGCUGCACUAUCAGCUGCGAAAUGUCAGAGAACGUCUGGCCAAAAACCUGGUGGAGAAAGGUGUCCUCACCACAGAGAAGCAGAACUUCUUGCUUUUUGAUAUGACCACGCAUCCGCUUACCAACAGUACCAUUAAACAGCGCCUUGUCAAGAAGGUCCAGGACUCUGUUUUGGAGAAGUGGGUCAACGAUCCCCACCGCAUGGACAAGCGGGUUCUGGCCCUGAUUCUGCUGGCUCACUCGUCCGAUGUUCUUGAGAAUGCCUUCGCCCCGCUCCAAGACGAACAGUACGACCUCGCCAUGAAGAGGGUUCACACUCUGCUAGAGCUGGAGCCCGAGAAAGAGAGCGCUAAGCCCAAUGUCAAUGAACUAAUGUGGGCCGUGGUGGCCGCCUUUACUAAAUGAAAGCACCUGAUUGGUUGGACUGAAAGGUGGUCUGUAUUAUUUAAUUGGCUGAAGGACUUAAUGAGACAGACUUCACUCUAAUGAGACAAUCUGUUUUGGUUGGGGAGCUUGUUUAGACAUCUCUUCUGGAUGAUAUUUUGGUGGUAGUCCAUAUUAACACACAGUCUUGAUCGGUGGUGGGCUUCACCAAGCUAACAGUGGGACGGGCUAGAUGACUCUCUAAAAUGGAAACGACUGGCUGCUUUCACACAAGUGAGGUACAUCAUCUGCCACUGCAAAGGAUAUACUUAUACAAACAUCAACACUACAUACAGGUGGGUUUCUAUUCGUUAGAUGACAUCGGAGAGCACAGUAGCUGGCAACAGUAGUCAUGGUGAAUAUGAAGAUAUUGACUGGGGCCGAGUUUCCCUUCAGCGCAGAGGAAACGUCAUCUCUUCAUCACUUCAAGAUCUCCAUACCCUGCCACAUGCUAACGCGAGGACAAAGGAUGAGCAACGCUCUUUCUGCUCUCGCAGGUCUCCCGCUUCCACCUGUUCGUUUCCACUUGAGUUAAGAACGCAUCUCUGGGUUCCCAUUAUUACAGACUACCUGACUGUGUCAGAUUCAUUUUGUCCUUGCUUUAAUUUUUCUUUCCUCCUUUCCCCUCAAUGCCUCUUGAGGGGGAAAGAGGGGCUAAACACAAGUUCAGUUCCUUCACCAGUAAGUGUGAGAUCAUUCGGCCCUUAUAGAGAUUUAAAAUGUGCAAUCUAACAAAGCUCUCAUUAGUUUGCUGGUUUUUCAAGGGUCCAUUCUGUGUGUAGAGAGCGCAGCUAGUCUUCCGUUUCUGUUUAUGUUGCUGAUCGAUGCUUGCAGUAGCCUGCCAUUAAUUAACUUUUUGCACAGCUGCUAGCCCUGCAGGUAGGUUAGUAUUUAUAGGUGUCUUCUCGGGUUGUGUAACCCACUUGUGACAAAGGGAUUUCAUGAUUAUAAACUUUAGAAACUAUGGUAAAGGAGAAAAAAACGACAACAAAAAAUCUCAAUCCAGCUCUAUAAAUAUA